UAAAUGCGCUUCUAACUUCUAAAUAGUGUGUGUGGUCUCUCUCUAUACUAUAGGUCUCGCCCAAUACCUACUCUCCGCUCCCAAGAGCACGCACCACCACUAUUGCACUUCUUCCUCGUUCUCCCUCUUUUUCUUCUUCUUCGCUAAACCCUUUUUUCUAUCUCACUAACACAACAAUGGGAGACGAGAAGAAGGGCAAGCCUGCUGCUUCCGGCGUGUGGUCCACCAUCAAGCCUUUCGUCAAUGGUGGAGCCUCCGGCAUGCUCGCCACCUGCGUCAUUCAACCCAUCGAUAUGAUCAAGGUGAGGAUUCAACUUGGGCAAGGAUCAGCUGCGCAGGUCACUUCCACCAUGCUUAAGAAUGAGGGUUUUGCUGCCUUCUAUAAGGGUCUAUCUGCUGGAUUACUCAGGCAGGCUACAUACACCACUGCCCGUCUUGGGUCAUUUAAAAUCUUGACGGCCAAAGCUAUUGAGGCUAAUGAUGGGAAGCCCCUGCCACUGUAUCAGAAAGCUCUAUGUGGGCUGACUGCUGGUGCUAUCGGAGCAACUGUUGGUAGUCCAGCAGAUUUGGCACUCAUUCGGAUGCAGGCUGAUGCAACAUUACCUGCUGCUCAGCGCCGAAAUUACACUAAUGCCUUCCAUGCACUCUAUCGAAUUACUGCUGAUGAAGGGGUUUUGGCGCUUUGGAAAGGUGCUGGGCCUACUGUUGUUAGAGCCAUGGCAUUGAACAUGGGCAUGCUUGCAUCUUAUGAUCAAAGUGUUGAGUUCUUCAGGGAUUCUGUUGGUCUUGGUGAAGCUGCUACUGUUCUAGGUGCAAGUUCCGUUUCUGGAUUUUUCGCAGCAGCUUGCAGUUUGCCAUUUGACUAUGUGAAGACCCAGAUCCAGAAGAUGCAACCUGAUGCUGAUGGAAAAUAUCCAUACACUGGCUCUGUUGAUUGUGCUGUCAAAACCUUCAAAGCAGGUGGACCGUUCAAAUUUUACACUGGAUUCCCUGUCUAUUGUGUUAGGAUUGCUCCUCAUGUCAUGAUGACAUGGAUUUUCCUCAACCAGGUUCAGAAAUUGCAGAAAUCCUACGGGUUGUAGUUCCCCGUGGUAAUUUGAACAUUUUGUGUUGAAUUCAAGCUUUGAGCAUAUUGAAUAAUUUGUUGGGUGUAGUUCCCUUUUUGGCAGCUAAACACCAAUGGAGCUGAUCAUUUUUAAGUUUAAUUAAUCAUGCGACUGAAGCAGGAAUUUGCAUACAAACAUUGUAUUAGUGAUAUAAUAUAGAAUUGGAUGCGGCUGGAGCAGAAUAGUAUAAUUCCAUUUUAGCAUGGAUGUCAUUGAGAAACUUGUGGAGAUGUCCAAAACUAGAAUAAGUAAUCCUAUCUCAGACAGCAUUCCGACAUCAAGUUUUGUAAUUUCUUUCCAUAUGUGGGAAGUAUUUUUUUCAACCAUAUUAUUUCUUAUUGAGCAGUGAUACACGUACCCCACCCAACACCUGAAAUAUUAAACGGGUGUAGUUGAAAUAAUAAAAUAAUAUAUUUAAAGGGGUGGCUAA